UUUGACCCGCAGUCCCGCAGUUAUGGCGCCGUGUGCUCCAAACGUUGUCUCACGUCCGUGAGACGCUGAAGAGCGUCAUUGUUUUGUCAUGCGUGUUACGACUUUCCGCAAAAAUUGGACGCCUUAUCAUCUUUGAUAGCGUGAUAAGAGAUGCCUCUACAAGGCAGAUAACGAUCUCGCUCCUGUUGACUGCUCGCGGAAAGUAUCGCUAGUGAAAUGUGACAGUCUCGUGAGGACAUUCUUUGAAACUAUUAUCGCGUCGUUAUUGAUACAAUUAUCGUGAAUUAUCGCAUGUGACGGCUUCUCUUACACAUGCCCACUCGGAACGACAAUACCGUCGAAUUUAAGGAAACAAACGUUUGUCUAAUUUACAUUGCGCUAUGUAAACGUCACUUUUGGCAGCGUGCGCUUGGCAUAUGCAAAUAAAAUUUGCUAUGACAACAGAAGUGGGGCUACUUACAUAAGGAAGAAACACUAAAUGGCUUUUUACACGAUAUCGCAAAAUACGCUAAUUACAGAGACCUUCUCAUAAUCUUAAUGACCAAGACUGUAUAGACUACUAGGCGGUAUGCUUCAAGUUCAUGCCAGCAUAUACGUCAAUAGUAAUAACUUAUUCAGGAGGCUUUGUAAACUCUCAAUGGCAAAGCAGUCUAUACAGUAUUCAUAGAUAUUUGAACACUGCGUGCUAAUACAUUGUUGAAAGCGUCCAUCAAGUUGAAGUAAAAAUGGCUGGUGGUUGGAAAAUCUUUGGUUUGUUGAUGCGAAAGAACUUGAUAGUGCGCAUGAGGCACUGGCGUCUGACGAUAUUUUUACAAGCUUUAAUACCCGUUGGAAUAUUCGUGUUACUGCAAGCCGUGCGGGAUUUCAGCGUUCAGUCCCCGGUUGUGGUGAACGAGACCACGUACUAUCCUAUAAUGCUGCAAGAUCACUUGGCGAAGAAACUUGACAACGGUAUAAAUAAAGUGUAUUACGUACCGAAACACACAUAUACGGAUAAGAUCAUGGAGUCGGUCAGAUAUUGUCUCAUGAUUCUGCCUGGCAGUAUGGAGGGUUUCACUAACGAGACUGAGAUGGUAGACCAUUAUACGCUAUCUCAGGCGAAAGAUCCAAUACUUUCUGUGGUGGCAGUUGUUUUUGAACAAUACAACGAACCUGCAGUAAAAUAUAAAAUAAGACAUUCGUGGAAGAUUCCAAAUAAUUUGUACCAAAGCGCGGUACAGGGUGAACAUUUGAGCUCGUCGCCUACAAUGUAUUACGAUAUGAUUCCCUUUAUGCAAGUUCAGUCGUGUGUAGAUAAAGCAUUCAUAAAGCAAGCAGCGCCAGAUUCUGACGUAACGAUGUCAAUACAAAGAAUGCCUUAUCCACCGUAUGUUAAAAUAGAUGAAGCUGAUGUGGUACUCCGUGAAGUAAUUUCUUCAUUCGGAGUCAUAGCUUUUUUGAUUCCGCUUUGCGUAGAAGCCAGCUACUUCUCAAAAGAGAAAUUUAUUGGUGUAAAUGUCUUGAUGGCAAUGAACGGAGUCAAAUUGGCCUACAAUUUGUUUAGCUGGUUAAUUACAGGGAUACUAUUCAGCAGUAUUUACUUAAUACCAACAGUGAUAUUAUUUAAGAAUACUUUUUCUGCAAAUGUAGAGGCCUUUUUGGAAUAUGGGAACGGAUUUAUAUUUUGGCUCCUGUUUACUACACAUGUCUCACAUCUUAUAACAUUCGGCAUGCACGUUGCAGCAUAUUUUUCAAAACCACGAUUUGUAACAAUUGUCUUGGCCAUUCUUUACGUGGCAGCACUUUCACUUUAUGAAAACAUGGCAAGACAAGAAGUUUUCUGUCUUAUACCAUAUUUUGCCAUAAUAUUUCCAAAUAUUAUGUUUAUUAGACUUUUCGAAGAAACAAAUGCCCAUGAAAGCAAAUUAAUUGGUAUUCAGUGGAGUAAUCUUUUUAUUCCUGGAAGACCAGAAUAUGGUUACCCAGGAAGUCCAGGUUUUAUAUUUCUCUUUUCAAUCUUGGGUGCUGUGAUACAUUUUACACUUGCAGUAUACAUAAAUGCUGUACUUCCUGGCAAAUAUGGAGUCCGAAAGAGUCCAUUAUAUUUUUUAAAAUGUAUUAAGAAAAAUAAAAUAGCUCUUGACGACGAAGCCGGCGAAUUUGAUUAUGAUAAGGCUAACGAAGACUUUGAGCCAGUAUUAGGUGGUGCGCUUACACCCGGAAUACAAAUACGUGAUCUUAAAAAGUCUUAUGUAACAUCCUGGUUACGAAAAUCUAAAGUUCACGCGUUAAAAGGAGUAUCUGUGGACUUUUACAAAGGACAAAUUACUGCUCUACUCGGACAUAAUGGAGCAGGCAAAACUACGCUUAUGUCUAUAUUAACAGGAGUGACAAGUGAAACGGAAGGAAAAGUCUUUGUAAACGGCAAAAAUAUAAGAAAGUACAUGAGUAGUAUUAGAAAUGAUUUAGGUCUAUGUCCUCAAGAAAACAUGGUUUUCCCAGAUUUGAAUGUAUUUGAACAAAUAGAAUUCUUUGGCCUGUUGAAAGCUAAAAAUAAAACCAGAAGCGAAGUCCAGAAGGAUGUUGAUGCUUUGCUUUCUAAGUUGAAGCUUACCGAAAAGAGAAAUGUUCUACCUAGCAAGCUUUCUGGUGGACAACAAAGAAGACUGUGCCUCGGAAUGGCGCUUAUUGGCGAUGCUAGCAUCUUAAUUUUGGAUGAGCCAACGUCGGGAAUGGAUCCUGAAACGAGAAGAGAUACAUGGGACAUUAUAUUAAAACUUAGAGGAGAGAAAACGAUAUUAAUCAGUACGCACAAUAUGGAAGAGGCUGAUAUACUUGGUGAUAGAAUUGCGAUAAUGCAUGCAGGUCGUCUUAGAAGUUAUGGCACUGCAAUGUUUUUGAAGAAACAGUACGGCCAUGGACAUAUAGAAGUUACAUUGUCGACAAAGUCCUGGUGCAUUCCUGAAAAAGUGAUAAGUAAAUUUGAUUCAAGAACGCAGCAGCUUUGUGUUGAUACUGAAAAGAUUAUUUUAAAUGUGCCGUUUACUGAUUCUUUACCACCAUCGCUGGACAAAGUAGAAAGCGAAAAGAAACAAUUAGGAGUUACUGGGAUAAGCGUGUCAUUGAUUACUUUGGAACAAGUAUUUUUGAAGAUCGUGAAGAAAGAAGAUAAUGGGACACACCUUAACGAAUUAUUUACAGCACCAUUGCAGAAAGUUACAGGCAGCGAGCUAUACAUGCGAUCAAUAUUGGCAUUGUUCUGCAAAAAAUUCACUUAUACGAGAAAGAAUCUAACUAACUUGCUGAUAAUUCUAAUUCUUCCUCUCUUGUCGGUGCUUCUAAUGGCCUUAAGUUAUAAUCUACCAGCCGAUUCCACAGAUCUUAUUCCAUUAAAGCUUGAUAUGUACAGAGAUGCCAAAGCUUUAUACUCGUCGGACAACGAACUAAUUGGUCAAAAAUACAGAGACGUUGUUGAGUAUUCCGGCAAAGCGGAGCGGGUAGCUCCGGGUACAAGUGUUACAAGCGCUCUUGUAAAUGUUUCUUUGGAAAAUAUUGUUCAAUAUCGGAACAACUUUAUUGUAUCCGCCGAAUUUAAUGGCACUGAAAUCAACACGACAUGGGCUAACGGUUUUUAUUCUGGCCUAGCAAUUCACAGCGUGCCACUAACAGUGAAUCUUUUGAGUAAUUCCCUCAUCAAGACUCUCGCUGGUGAUCAGUAUUCGAUUGUUGCGUCCAGGCAACAAUUACCGAAUACGCUGUUUUCGAGCAAGAUACAAUUGCCGGAGGCAGACGCGCUUUCACGCGUCUUGCUGUUCUGUGCAUUCUUCUUUCCCACUGUGGCGCUUUUUGUAAUGCAUCCUUUGCAAGAAACAAUGACGAAAGUUAAGCAACUUCAACGUAUGACCGGUGUCACGUCGGUAUCAUACUGGAGUACAAUGUUCGCUUUUGAUUUUCUGAUAUUUACUGUAUGUGUAUUGCUAGUUACUUUGGCAUUCUACAUCAUGGAUAUUGUUCUUGAUCUUCGUCUAUAUUAUAGUACAGAAAUAUGGUGCACAAUAUUGAUUCUGGAGUUGUUUGGUAUUAACGUUUUACUUUUUGUGUAUCUAUUUAGUUUUAUGAAUAAAUCGAGGAGCACUAUAAUAACCAUACUGGCUAUCGCCCCUGUCGGCUUUGUUUUAAUACAGUAUGUUCUACAUCAAGUAAUAAGUAGCUUCGAGUGGCUUAAUCCGCUACAUGUUCUACAAAAGAGACUCUUCCGUUUAAUUCCUUACAUAAAUUUGUUCCACGGUCAAUAUGCAUUUUUCACCAUAGCAGUACAAAAUGCAAGAUGUCGUCGUCUACCAAAUGCACUUCACGCUAUAGUUUGUUUCGCGGCACACGAUCCUUGUUGUGGCUUGGAUUGCGCAGAUGGAAUUUGCAAAAAUCAAAUGCCUUACUUCAAAGAUUUCAAAGAUGAUUUGAAUUUCGAAGAAAGUAUAGUAUAUCUAUCUAUAACGCCAAUUUUGUAUUUCGCUCUACUAAUUAUAUUGGAAGAAAAACUGUUUUCAAAGUUAUUCGGAAAGAUGGUUGGUACGAAACUAAAAGCGGAACAAACCACAAUGGAUGAUCAAGUGAAGAAAGAAAAACAUUCAGCAGCAAUAGAAAUUAAUAAACUUAACAACCAAAAUAUUACCGAGAAAGAACAAUUAAAGGCAGAAAUGGCAGAGCCAAUUAAUAUGGAAUUAUUACAAAGUCCAGUAAGCGAAGGUAACAGCCUCUUCUUAGUAUAUGAAUUGAGCAAAUACUACGGCAAGUUAAUGGCUGUGAAAGAAAUCAGUUUUCGUGUGAAGCCACGGGAAUGUUUCGGAUUGCUCGGUGUUAAUGGCGCUGGGAAGAGUACCACUUUCAGGAUGUUGACAGGAGAAGAAAUGCCUAAUAGCGGCAUAAUGUACCUAAAGCAAGCGGAAAUCCAUUCAGACAGGAGAAAGUAUCUUUCUGAGAUGGGAUACUGUCCACAAACUGAUGCUUUAAUACCCUCCUUAAACACUUUUGACCACUUACGACUAUUUGCUCGUCUUCGCGGUAUACCAAAGUCCAACGUAGAGUUGGAAGUUAACAAAUGGAUUAAUAGACUGAAUCUAACUGCCUGCAUGAAGCAGCCAAGCGGAACUUACAGCGGUGGUAAUAAGAGACGCUUAAACAUCGCGAUGGCCCUUAUCGGUAAUCCUACUCUUGUUCUCCUGGACGAGCCUACAACCGGUGUCGAUCCUGCAGCUAGAAGAUCGCUUUGGAAUACUUUGCAGUCGUGUCAGGCAGCAGGACAAGCUAUUAUACUUACGUCUCAUAGCAUGGAAGAGUGUGAAGCCCUUUGUAAUCGACUGGUCAUUAUGGUGAAAGGCGAAUUGGUCUGCGUUGGUGCAUGUCAAGAAUUGAAGCAACGAUUUGGAGCGGGUUAUGAUAUUCACGUAAAAUUAAAUCCAAACCGAACGGCCGAGGAUGUUAAAAAUAUUAAGAAGAUUAUCGAGUCGACUCUAACGUGCGAUAUUAGAGACGAAAAUUUGGGUUUUCUUGGCUAUCACGUAACUGAUUGCAAUACAACAUGGGAAAAAAUGUAUGAUACAAUGAAGAGUCUAAAGCAAAACCAUAGCUGCAUUGAAGAUUACGCUGUUCUAUCUGCAACCUUGGAACAACUCUUUAUUCAGUUUGCAAGAGGAGCAGAAAUGAUUGAGUCUGAUGAGUCUCAAAUUCGUGCUACUAGUCAUGAAGAAAUAGUUUAACUUGAUUGCAUCUUAUUGGAUGCAGAAAUGUUUUGAAUAGACGGAAAUCGAAUUAAUAUUAAUUUUUACAGGUUGUAAUAUUGUAAAAUGGUAUGUAUAAUUAAUAUACUUUAUUGUAAUUAAUUAUAUCUUGUUGGGUAAAAUUACCAAUAUAUUAUUAUAAUAUCAAACACAUUGUAUUUAAUAUCAGUUGUUUAGGCAUUACUUUAAAUUGUUGUAACAAAAAUAUUUUCUUACAAUCAAGUGUAUUUUUCUGUAAACAGAGAAUAUUUCGUUUCGUAGAUGUGAAAAAAGGAAUAUUAGAAUUUAGAUUACAGUAUUAAUAUUUUAUAUAUACAUGUAAAAUAAUUUACAAUAUAUGUGUCUCACAGCG